AUGGAACCAAACACCAAGUACAGAUGGAAUAGUGCCAUGUCCAUCGAAAAAUCGACCGAUGCGGAACUAUUUGCGGUAAUGUGCGAGGAAUCGCCGGUAGUGAAGCAGAGCGUUUUUGGUUGCAAACGUGGUGUUUGUAAUGAAGAGAAACGUUAUCGUGUGGACAGAUUUUCCCAUCCCACAGUUUUUCAUUGGAAUGGUAAGAAGUUUCUGAAGGGGACGUGA